GUUCUUGCCCAAGAGCCACAAAAGGGCGACGCCUUUGACCGUGAUCGGCAGACUGGGCCUCCGGCCAAGCGCCUCACCGCGCAAGUUCUCAGGAAGCACAACGGAGAGCCGCCGCUGCCUGCCGAUCCCCUUCAAGCGAAGGUAUGGGAGCGGCUUCCACGCACCCUGCCAAGCUCCACCUGGAGUUGCAGACAGAGCUGGCUGGAAACAAGGACUUUGUCCCUCGGUUCAACGCCCCGCAGGAGGAGGUGAAUCGCAUGAUGGCCGUGAUCCUGAAAUUGGUGACUGAGGACUUGUGCUCGUAUCAGCUCACGCAGGCGGAUGACCAGGAGCUCUUUGAGGUGCAAGAAGCGGAGAUGCAGCGGCGGCAGGACUUCGCGAGCUUCCUCUGUGAGGUCAAGGAAGUGCCUUCAAGGUGGUGCUGGCUGCCAUGGUGGGGCUGACGCGGUAGCGCCGCGUUCGUAGCCUUGAAUAUGAACGGCCUGGCAUGCUGUCCGAGAACGAGAUGAAAGCGUUUGCGACCUCGACUUUGAGCACCGUCGUGAAGCUUGACUGGGCAUGGCAUACAUUCCCCGAUCCGGAGUAGUUGGCAGGCACAAUGCGGCAUGCUUGCGGUGC